GUGUGAUCGACCCGAUAAAACGAGCGUGGUGCGAGUGUGCGACCGUGUAUUUACGUUGUGUUCGGCGGCGGCGCCACGCGACAAUACCACCGAGCUCCGCAAUUUCGUAUAGUGCGUGAACGUGUGCGUGUGCGUGUGCGUGCGCGCAUCGAACACUGCGAGGUUGCGGCAUCCCUUAUACGUCGAAAAAGAGCAAGAUAUUUCGUCAGCAAUAAUUUUUACUGCGCACCGUUUUUUAAACAUUCCGACAUCCCUCCCCUGUGCGGCCGCCGACGCCAUCGCGCAGACACACCGCCGCAUACCUUAUAUACGCGGUGUACAUUUCAUUCACGAAACGAACAAUAAUAAUAUAAUCCACGCUGUUUCCGGUGCGUUGUGCAUGUGCGUGUAUAGUAUUAUACCUAUUAUAAAAUAAAAUAUAGUGCACGUAUAAUAUGUCCGAGGACACCCGUUAAAACCGCACUCGGCGGCGCUGCAGCGAUAGCACAUACUACGCGCGCACCAAAAGUCGGCCGUCGGCCACCCGGUUUCUUCCCCUCUCCAUGGGUAACAUUAUUCCCCCGCACUCGCUGACGUCUCCUACCGCCAUCACUCGUCGAUUAGGACGGCACACAGGUAAAACUUCCCCCGGAAAAACGAAUUCAGGGAAGUGGGGGGAGGCCCUCCCCGCCUAAGGCACAAUUGCGCCGUACAUGUCCGUCUGCAGUGAUCGGUGCAACGGCCGCGCGGUGCAGAUCCGAUUCGAGAAAAAACUAACAACAACAACAACAACAACAAAAACAACAACAACAGCAGCAGCAGCAGCCAUAACAACAACGGCGCAUCAGUACAGGCUAGUACAGCAGCAGCAGCAGCAGCAGCAGACACAGAGCCAAAACACGCGGUGCGUGUACACAAAACGCCACCGCCGCCGUCUACGAACAGCAGCAGCAGCAGCACCAGCAGGCUGUCGGCUGUGCCGCGCUAUUAUAACUUCGGUACGGCCGUCCACGUUUAGACGUUUAGUGUUGGAACUGCCCUGGUGUGCAAGCGAACGGCAAGGCGGCGGCGCGUUGCGACCCGCGCGCCACAAACACACGCACACUCACACACACGCAAGCGCGCGAUCGGCGCACGCACACACACAUACACGGCCACGAUAUAUUAUUAUAUCAGUAGUGCUCUAUCGCAAAAAUGACGGGAAGACGAAUUGUAGUAAUGGCCAGACAUGGUGAAAGUGAAUGGUCUAAAAACAAUGUGUUUUGUGGAUGGUACGAUUCACAUUUAUCUGAUCGAGGUAUGAACGAAGCCCUCGAAUGCGCAGAAUUGUUGAAACAAUCAAAUUAUAAAUUUGACAAAGCUUAUACAUCUCUGUUGACUAGAGCUCAUCAGACUUUAAAGAUAAUCACUGAACACAUUGGUCAGCCAACUCUGCCAGUAGAAGAAUCAUGGAGGCUAAACGAAAGACAUUACGGAGCUUUGACAGGAUUUAAUAAAGCUGAAUUAGCUGAAGAAUAUGGUGAAAGUCAGGUACAAAUUUGGAGACGAAGUUUUGACGUUCUUCCACCUGUGAUGGACAAGUCACAUGCAUAUUAUAUGUCUAUUUGGUGCCACCCAAAAAUCGUAGCUCACUCAUACACUUCAAGCGAAAAAUUUCCUUCAACCGAAUCACUUAAAGAGACGAUGGAAAGGGUUAUACCUUAUUGGGAUAAUUUUAUCGUGCCUAAUAUUAAACGAGGACAACGCGUUUUGAUUGUUGCCCAUGGUACGGUUUUGCGAAGUCUUAUCAAGUAUUUAGAUGGAGUAUCAGAUAAUGACAUUUGCUCAAUAAACAUCCCUUCGGGUAUUCCAUUCGUUUACGAAUUUGAUGAUGACAUGAAUGUUGUGUCUUCAAAAAAAUUUUUGGGUGAUAAAAAACGAAUAGAGGAAGGAAUAGCAAGAGCUGCAUCAAUCGGUUCUCAUUAAACUGCCAAUUAUGAAAUCGACUUCAGCAAAUGACUAUUUUUAAUCUGAAAUUUUGUCAGAUUUUUGCUAUUUAAUUAUUACGUUUUAUUUAAUUUUAUAAGUUAAUUUUUAAAUAUAUAAUUAUUGAUAAACUAUUCUUUUUAUAAUAAAAAUAUAUUAUUAAUAAUUUAAUGAAAAUUA